UUUGGUCUGCUGGGUAGGUACUCAUAAAAACAAACCAACCGAAGCCUCCGAACCGACCACCAAUGACGGCCCCAAACGGCGCCGUCCCCAAACAAGCCGACGACCGCCCCGGCACCGAGGCCGAGUUGAACGAGGGCGCAGUGCCCAACGGGAAAGUGAGGGGACCGUGGUCGCCCGAGGAGGACGCGGUGCUGAGCCGGCUCGUGAGCAACUUCGGGGCGAGGAAUUGGAGCCUGAUCGCCCGAGGAAUUCCCGGACGGUCUGGGAAGUCGUGCCGGCUGAGGUGGUGUAAUCAGCUUGACCCCUGCGUCAAGCGUAAACCCUUUUCUGAGGAAGAAGACCGUAUUAUAGUUUCAGCACAUGCUAUCCAUGGGAACAAAUGGGCAGUAAUUGCAAAGCUUCUUCCAGGUAGAACAGAUAACGGAAUCAAGAACCAUUGGAAUUCUACACUAAGGCGCAAGUGCUUUGAUAAAGGAAGGUUUAAUACUGGACCUGGGGAAAUGAUGGAAGAUGACACCUUUGACAGAAAAAAUGCAUCCUCAGAAGAAACCCUGUCAGUUGGGAAUAUCAGUUCAUUCAAGACUCAUGAAGGAAGAGAGGUCUUGAUGGAAAAUAGACCAAACCAGUUCGAUGUAAGAAGUCAUGCAAAGGAGGGCUCUGGCGCUGCCGAAUCAAAGCACAAUUCUACUCUUAUUGCCGAGCCAAGAGACCAUCCGACUCUCCAGUCCACCAUUUGUUGUCCAGUGGCACGUGUUAGUGCAUUUAGUGUUUAUAACCGUCCAAGUGUUCCAGCAAAUGCUUCAUCGUUGUCAAGGACAGUCCCAAGUCAUGGCCCUUUGGUCCCAAUAACUAAACUAGAUUUCGGCUUUGACAACUUCCUUGAAGGUGCAUGCAAUGAGCCUACGGUUCCUCAACGCUGUGGUCACGGUUGCUGUGAUCGAAUUGAGGGGCAUUCUCAAAGCUCGUUGUUGGGGCCUGAGUUCGUUGAGUAUGAUGAGCCUCUCCCUUUCUCUAGCCACGAAUUAAUCUCCAUUGCUACGGAUUUGAACAAGAUUGCAUGGAUUAAGGGUGGCCUUGAGAGUAAUGGGAUAAGGAUGCCAGAGCACGUAGCAAGCCAGAGAGUCUUUCAAGCAGCUGCCACUACCUUGCAAAUGGGGUUGCCAGCAAACACUCCGAUGAAUGACCAUAUGCGCUUUGAGGAAGGAAGAAACAAGUUGAUGGGAAUGAUGACGGACGUGCUAUCAACCCAGGUGCCUAGACAAACUUUUGCAAUGCCAACUGAAGUUGAGGGAUUGAGCUAGAACUCAUGGCUGGUCUUCCUCAGUCUUCCGGGUGUUUCGGUUAAUUUACAGCAGAUUAAGUUGAAGUCUCCAGUUUCAUUUAGAAGGCUUUUCACUUUUGACUUAUCUCGUUUAAGAGGGCAUUACAUCAAAGAUAUAUAUGUAGGUACUUCUCUACCCCUUUUGUCAUGAGCAAAGAAGCUGUUGACUAGUAAAUGCUUUUAUACAAGUGCUUUUAUCUCAAAUCCGAAAACAUAAUUGAUAAAA